UUUUCGUUUAUUGAUACUGUACAGUCUUCAUCCACUUUCUCUCAAAAUUGUGUGCUCAUUGGUUUAAAUAGGCGAAACUAGUCGUUAUGCGGUAUACACAGCAUUAUAACAGCUAACGUCAGACUGCAAUAACAUCGAGCUUCGUCUUCAAACAUGGAGAAAUAUGAAGGCUAUAUUUUCACUGCUCUCUGCAGCACCAACUUUUUGGUAUCCUGCCUGCUGUUCUCCAGAGUCACUCGGGAGCAAAGGGAGCCGUACAUGGACGAGCUUUUUCACGUUCCACAAGCUCAGAAAUACUGCCAUGGAAAAUUCAGCGAGUGGGACCCGAUGAUCACCACUCUCCCAGGCCUUUAUCUCGUCUCAGUGGGUGUGAUCAAGCCCGUGGUGUGGCUGGCUGACCUGACAGGCGAGGUGGUGUGCUCCACAGGCAUGUUACGCUUCAUCAACCUGCUCUUCAACUGCGGCAACCUCUACUUGCUCUAUCUUCUCCUCUGCAAACUGCACCUCAGGGAGAGGACACAUACAACCUCACGCAGAGUCCUCUCAGCACUGUCUCUGUCCACCUUCCCUGUGCUCUACUUCUUCAACUUCCUCUACUACACAGAUGCUGGAUCUACUUUUUUCAUCCUCUUUACCUAUCUCAUGGCACUCUAUGGGUGCCACAGAGCUUCAGCACUCCUUGGUGUCUGCUCUGUGCUCUUCCGCCAAACCAACAUCAUCUGGGUGGCCUUCUGCGCAGGCACUCUAGUGGCUGCCAAAAUGGAUGAGGCCUGGAGAGCAGAGCAUAUGAAAAAGAGGGAUGAGAAGUGUCCUCUAUCCCAGGCCCCUCUGUCGUUCAGUGGGGCAAAGAAAAUAAUGCUUUUCACCAUAGAAUUUCUCACUUCACCCAGUCAUGUAAAGGCGGUGCUGCUGGUGGCCUGGCCUUACGCAGUGGUUGGCGCUGGUUUCCUGGUGUUCAUGGUACUAAAUGAUGGGAUAGUGGUGGGUGACAGAACAAGUCAUGAGGCCUGCCUCAACUUUCCCCAGCUCUUCUAUUUCUUCUCCUUCACCCUCUUCUUCUCCCUCCCUGUCUCACUCUGUUACUACCGCAUCCUCCGCUUCUUGCAGGCUCUGAAAAAGCAACCCUUCUUCUUCCUCUUUAUCACUGGAGUCUCCUUGCUACUGGUGUGGAAGUUCACCUUUGUCCAUAAGUACCUCCUUGCAGAUAACCGCCAUUUCCCCUUCUAUGUGUGGAAAAAACUUUUCCAGAGGCAUGAGCUGGUGCGCUUCCUACUCAUCCCAACUUACAUCUUUGCUGGCUGGAGUUUUUUAGACUCUUUCAAGUCACGUUCACUCUUCUGGAGCUUGGCGUUCCUGGUGUGCCUUUUGGCUGCCACGGUCCCCCAGAAGUUACUGGAGUUCAGGUACUUUAUCGUCCCGUACCUGAUGUAUCGCCUGCACAUGCCUCUCCCCUCUCUUCCCAGACUUAUUGUGGAGUUCCUCCUGUACACAAUGGUCAAUGCUGCCACACUAUACAUCUUCAUCAACAAAACAUUCCACUGGCCAGACAGCACAACCACACAGAGGUUCAUGUGGUGAGGGGUGAGGGAAGUACUGAAGCUGGUAUCUGAUAUCAGGAGUUACAAGACUCAAAUGAGAUGUUGGCAUCAAAGGACAUUAAUUGCUACACAGUUAACUUAAUGUUUUUCAGCUUUGGUUGCAAAAUAAAGUGAUGGUAGGAGCUGCUGUAGGCUAGUGAAUAACAUGUUAUCUGGAGAUGUAACAUUUAUUUCUAGUUGAUUAGGGUGCAACCCAAAUUUCGUCUUUUUAAUGUUUUCAUACUAUCCUUCACAUGAAAAUGACAUUGACAAAGAACAGCUUUUGCUAUUGGACAAUACAUUGGCAGUAACAGCACUGUAAAAUCAUUGGUAGUGGUCUGAGUUAGAGAAGUUGCUGUAUAUAAAAGUUGUUUCUGCUGUUUUGGUUUUUGGUUGAAAUUUUGGUCCAUCUCUGAGGUGGAAAAAUGAUUGCACAAUUUUACAUUUUCUGCAGGGUUCUGGGAAUUGACAAGGUUGUGUGUGGUUUGUAAUGGUAAAUUGUUUGUAUUUCAAAUGUAAAUGCUGUAUGCAAUUCUAUAAAUCCAUAUUUCAAGGAACAGUUGUUGACAUGAGCUAUUAAUAUGAUUCAAGAGACCAAAAACAACAUAGAAUUUCUCCCAAGGGAGACAAUACGGGCACCUUGACCUUGAUAGCCAUAUUGUUUUUUUGUAAUGACUGAAAUGUUUGCAUUUUGCCAGUGAAGAACACAUUGGACCCACAGACAACUUUACAAAUUGUUAUGAGACUAAAUUGAAAAUAUCCAAAUGUUUUUCAUUUUUCACCUUGAAUUUACUUUGCCAAGCCAUAAGAAUCAACCAGAGGUGAUUCAUAAAAGUGUUAGUUUAAAUGCCUGUGUUUUCUGCCAUGAAUUUUAAUUGUUUUUUUUUUUUCUUUGUAGUUAAUUUUAAUAGAAGAUAUCAUCCUGCCUUCUGUGUUUCACCUUUGUGUGCUACUUUUGUUGUGCCGGAUUUAUGUGUUUGAUUGCAGUUAUUCUUCCUGUGUACAUAAAUGAGUUUCAAGUAUGAAGUUGAUCUCAGUCCCAUCAGGACAUGAUUAAAGGUUUGGUUUGAGUCAAAUGUGACACUGUUUUAUUAAGAGCAAGUCAUUAUGUCCAGAUUUUAUUUUGCCACUCUGUAUCGGUCUUGAUCCUGUUUGCUCAUUUUUCUGAUGCUUUGUAUUCCACAGUUAGUGUCCAUCCAGCUGCUCCACAGUGUUAUGUAAUUUGAAUAAAGUGACUCAUGCAGA